AUGGAGAUCAAGGAGAGAAAAUCGCCGUUUACGGUAUGUAAUGUAGGAGCAUGGAGCAUGACCGUUGUGAGCUCGGUGGGGAUUAUCAUGGCCAACAGGCAGCUCAUGUCCCCUCAAGGCUUUGCCUUCGACUUUGCUACAAUGUUGUCUAGCUUCCACUAUUCUCUGACCGCAUUGGUGUGUUUGGUGUCAAAUGCCGUUGGUUACUCUGCAUCAACGCAUGUAAUUCCUCUGUGGGAGCUUAUUCUGUUCUCAGUUGUAGCCAAUGCCUCAAUCAUUGCGAUGAACUUCAGCCUCAUACUAAACUCUCAAGGAUUUUUCCAGUUAAUAGGGUCUUUACAGAAGAAAUACUCAAUAGGGUCUUUUGAAUUGCUCACUAAGACAACUCCAAUGCAAGCUCUCUCCCUUCUUUUUCUUUCUCCAUUCAUUGAUUUCUAUCUCACCGGCAAACUUCUAUCAAACUAUAAGUUCUCUUCUGGUGCAUUUAUUUUCUUGCUACUCUCAUGCUCAAUAGCAGUGUUUUGCAAAGUCAGCCUGUACCUCUGCAUCGGGCGGUUCUCAGCGGCCUCAUUCCAGGUUUUAGGCCACAUGAAAACCAUAUGUGUCAUGACAUUGGCGUGGCUACUCUUUGAUUCAAAGCUCAGCCUUAAAAACUUUCUUGGGAUGGCUCUUGCUGCUAUGGGCAUGCUAGCUUACACUUGGGCUGUGGAGGCUGAGAAAGAAGCUACUAAUUCCAAGAGCCUCCGUAAUAGAAAAGACAAAAUGUCAGGAGAGGUUAUGAAACCAUUGACUUCCACAUAG